AUGGAGGACAUCACUACUAGGUGGUCUGAUAUCACGUUGGAUGACGAGGAGAGUGGCAUACGUCCAGUGGAUGAGGCUGAUCUCCCUGUGACGACUACAAAGAAGGUGUGGACUCUUGUCGGCAGAUUUCUUACAGAUCGGGCGGUGAAGUUUGACGCCAUGAAGGGAGUGAUGUCAGCAUCUUGGCGACCAGAGAAGGGUGUCAAGGUCGUGGAGGUGCAGGCUAACUUCUUCCCCUUUGAAUUCUACCUGGAGACGGAUGCCCGAUUUGUUCUCGAACAGGGACCAUGGGCUUUCGAAAACUCAUCGCUCGUGUGUACCAUGCUGGAGCCCGGAGACAUCCCGACGUUGAUCGCAUUGUUGGAGCUGCCGAUCUGGGUGCAGGUCUACGAUCUACCAUAUGGUUAUACGGCGGACCCUAUCUUGGAACAGAUUGGCAACUACGUAGGCAAAUUCCUAAAGCUGGAUACGGUGAAUACUGGGCUGGGCAGAAGUUUCUUCCGUAUCCGAGCCGCGCUGGACGUACGCAAACCAAUCAAACGGAGGAUGAAACUCAUUCCGCGUGACGGUAUGUGGUCCUGGAUAUUAUUUAAAUACCAACGUUUACAUCGCUUCUACUUUUAUUGUGGCAUGCUUGGCCACAUUGAUCGGUUCUGUGCUCUAGCGAGGGAGGCAGUAGUCGAUCCUGAUAAAUACCCAUUCGGGACUUGGCUGAGGACAAGCUGA